AUGAGGUGCGGUCCUGGACAACAGCCACCAAGCAAUCCUUGUGUCUCAUGUGGCAAAAAGUGAAAGUGCAGCUUAUGCUAAGCAUGUCUUUCCUCGUUGCUGUUUUUUGGUAUUGCAGAAGGCUAUACAGCUUUUUAGCACAGCUGCUGAAACGGUGGAGUAACUACCUUCAGAGAAGACUCAUACGGAAUCUCAGCGUGCUGACAGAAGUUGAUCUACUUGGUUAUAGUGCGAGAGAAUGGAAAGGAGAAACAAAGCAGGCCAAACACAUGAGGGAGGCAUAUGAAGAAUUAUUUUGGAGCUGUCAUAUCAAAUACCUGCGACAGGUCAGGAGGGACAACUAUUGUGUACUAAGAGCAGUGCUUUUUCAGAUAUUCAGCCAAGGCAUUCCCUUUCCAUCGUGGAUGAAGGAGAGAGAUAUAUUGAAGCUCCCAGAAAAGCUUUUGUAUUCCCAAGGUUGCAACUGGAUUCAGCAAUACAGUUUUGGGCCAGAAAGAUACACAGGUCCCAAUGCCUUUGGUAAAUUGCGCAAAUGUAUGGAGACGUUAAAGAUGAAUUGGGCUGAGAUAAGUGCUACUAAAGAUCAUGAAGAAAGAGGAAACAUGUGUAAUACACUCUUUUCUGAUGAGAGCAAGGAGCACAAACUAUACGAGGCCAUAAAAUUCAUCAUGCUCUAUGAAGUUGUCGAAGCCUAUGAGCAGAUAAAGAACAGGGAAGAACCCAUACACAACCUUUUUAGCCUUCUCCUUGCUCGUGAUUCUUCGUCUGACCCUUUGAGUUUCAUGAUGAAUCAUCUGAACUCCAUAGGUGACUCUAUUUGCCUAGACCAGGUUGAACUGUUCUUUCUUGGAUACUUACUUGAAGUAAAGAUAAGAGUUUACAGACUGCAUAGGUUUAAUACUGAGGAAUUUCAAGUAAACUAUCCAGACGAAUACAGAAGGGAAUGGAAUGAGAUUUCUCUCCUGACUGAGGAUGACCGCUACUAUCACAUCCCCCUUUUCAGAACGUGAAGGACUAGUGACUUUUUUCCUUUAUAUAAUAUAGCGAGUGACCAGUUCCAGUGAAUUAGGUUUCUAAUCGGCAGCAGUAAGAUUUUGAGAAUGCUCGUUAAUGAUUGCAAAAUGAUUUACGGUUUAUUGUGUAAAAUUUUUGCUUUCCCAAUGCAGCU